AAGACCCACGAAGAAGAAGCGAGCCGGCGGUGGGCGGGCCGUUGAAGAAAGAGUAGCUAGCUGUUAGCCGCUAACCCCCCCCGGUGCUGCUUGCAGGAUUUGCUCCACGUCUGUGCUUCAACAUGGUCCAACUAGUGGGUUCCCUCCGGAGAGAGCUGGCCGACGCCCUGUCCAGCUCCAAGGUUCUGGUGGUGGGAGCGGGAGGCAUCGGCUGCGAGCUGCUGAAGAACCUGGUCCUCACCGGCUUCAAGAACAUCGAUGUGAUCGACCUGGACACCAUCGAUGUGAGCAACCUGAACCGCCAGUUCCUCUUCCAGAAGAAGCACGUUGGCAAGUCCAAAGCGCAGGUGGCAAAGGAGAGCGCCCUGCAGUUCUGCCCCAGUGCAAACAUCACAGCCUACCACGACAGCAUCAUGAACCCGGAUUACAACGUGGAGUUCUUUAGGAAGUUCGUGUUGGUGAUGAACGCUCUGGACAACAGAGCUGCCCGUAACCACGUUAACAGGAUGUGCCUGGCAGCGGACAUCCCUUUGAUAGAGAGCGGCACCGCAGGCUACCUGGGUCAGGUCACAGUCAUCAGAAAGGGAGUGACCGAGUGCUACGAGUGCCAACCAAAGCCGACCCAGAAGACCUUCCCAGGAUGCACCAUCAGAAACACGCCAUCUGAACCCAUUCACUGCAUCGUCUGGGCCAAGUACCUCUUCAACCAGCUGUUUGGAGAAGAAGACGCCGACCAAGAAGUCUCACCAGACACGGCCGACCCGGAGGCUGCAUGGAAUCCUGAAGAGACGGCGGCUCGCGCCUCGGCCUCGGAGAAGGACGGCGACAUCAGGCGGGUUUCCACCAAAGACUGGGCCCGCUCCACCGGAUACGACCCCGUCAAACUGUUCAACAAGCUCUUCAAAGACGACAUCAUGUACCUGCUGACCAUGGACAAGCUGUGGAAGAAGAGGAAAGCUCCCGCUCCUCUGGACUGGCAGCAGCUGCAGGACAGCGCACAACCUCAGGAGGAGAGUCCAGCAUCUUCGGGGUUGAAGGACCAGCAGGUUCUGGACGUUUGGGGCUACUGCCAGCUGUUCAGGCACAGCGUGGAAACGCUGCGCUCUCUGCUGCAGGAGAAAGGCGAGAGCGCCGAGCUCGUCUGGGACAAGGACGACCCUCCAGCCAUGGACUUUGUGACUGCAGCAGCAAACCUGCGAAUGAACAUCUUCAGCAUGAACAUGAAGAGCCGCUUCGACGUGAAGUCCAUGGCAGGAAACAUCAUCCCAGCAAUCGCCACAACCAACGCCAUUAUUGCAGGACUGAUUGUGCUGGAGGGACUGAAGAUCCUCUCUGGAGAGCUGGAAUCCUGCCGCACGAUCUUCCUGAACAAAUGUCCGAACCUCAGGAAGAAGCUGCUGGUGCCGUGUAUUCUGGACAAGCCCAGUCCGAACUGCUACGUCUGUGCCAGCAAACCAGAGGUGACGGUGAAGGUCAACGUUCAGAAGACGACGGUUCUGUCUUUGCAGGACAAGAUCCUGAAGGAACGGUUCGGCAUGGUCGCUCCAGAUGUUCAGAUAGAAGACGGCAAAGGAACCAUCCUCAUUUCCUCAGAGGAAGGAGAGACAGAAGCCAACAACAACAAGUUCCUCUCUGACUUCGGGAUUCGUAACGGCAGCCGUCUCCAAGUCGACGACUUCCUCCAGGACUACACGCUCCUCGUCAACGUUCUGCACACCGAGGAGCUGGAGCGAGAUGUGGAGUUUGAGGUGGUGGGCGAGGCUCCAGACAAAGCUCCUCCCCCUCAGAGCAACCAGGAGGAAGUUAACAGCAUCACCAACGGCAACAAAGACUCCGCCCAGCCGUCCACGUCUUCUAAAGCUGCAGCGGACGAUAACGACGUCAUGAUAGUCGACUCUGACGAGGAGGUGGGGACAGCGUCCAGCUCCGUGGCGGCGGCGACCAGCGGCACCAAGAGGAAGCACCCGGACUCUGAGACCGGCGAAAGCACCACCAAGCGGGCCCGGACGGACCAAUCAGCCGCCGCGGCUGCAACGGACAAUGACGACGACGACGUAAUCGCUCUGGACUGAAGCGCCGUUCAGCUCCGGCUGAAGUGGGAUGAAUUGUUGCCGUUUGGCUUCCAGCAGACAGCCGGUCAUAAAUAAACCGCCAGUUCGAUGAAGAACACUUUCAUCUUUAGUGCCCCCCUUCCUCCUCCUCCUCCUCCUCUUUGUGCUUUCAUACCGCUGUAAAUAGGUUCUGUAUUUUAACAAACUUUUGAAAAUGCAGUCAAGUUUGCAUAUUUUUAAUCAGUUAAAGUCCUGAACUGCUUCUAUUGGUUGUUUUUGAAAAAGUGAUUUUUUUUUUUGUUUUUUUUUAUGAAUGUACUGUAUUUCUCAUGCAACACGAGUCAGGAUGUCAGUGGAGGGUUUUGUAAAGUAACAGAAAAAAAAACUGAAAUAAAAAGUAAGAGGUGAACAGACAGGCAGGCGAAGGUGUCUGUAGUCCUGCUCCUCCUGCCUGGAAGUCCUGUUGAUGUCUUACGGGUUCGGCGACGCACACACUGAGAGGUUCUGGCCAGUCUGUGCCACAAGGGUGUUAGUUUGCUACCUCUUCUCCACAGUUGAAAGGAUUUUUCCUCCAAAUAUGUACCCUGUACCUUCUUUAACUUGGCCACACUAAGGCGCUGGCUCUUGGAGAACCCAGAAGUUAGACGGCCACAGAGAGGAGCUACGUGUCUCGCAGGGAAACGGCUCCGUCUGAACCGAACCCUUCAGAAGAACCGGGCUCAGCUGCUGUGUGUCGGUGGGACUUACAGAGAGCGUAACGGUCAAUUUGACAGAGCCGGACUUUAGUACCAGCAGCACGGUCAUUCGGUUCCUGCGUUUCCAUUGUUUCAUAUUUGUUUUUAUGUUUGAGAGCUUUUUGGACCAAUUUGAUGAAGACAAUAAAUACAACAGUUUCUCACC